AGCCUUGCCUCCUCUGUUUCCUGCUUACAUUGCCACGUUAUUAGUGGCAGACCCAAAAUACAAGGGACUACAAAACUGUUAAAGGUGGAAGAAAAUCCAACGUGUUGAUAGUUAAGCUUCUUUCCUUCACAGACAUCUUAAUAUUUGGUACGCUUUGGGUAAAUCCGAGAUGUUGAAAUUUUUGAUUGUGUGCGCACUGGCCGCUAUGAGCGCGGCUGAAAUUGCUGAGGAAGAGGACGUACUCGUAUUGAAGAAAAGUAACUUCGAGGAGGCACUGAAAGCUCACCCAAAUGUCCUUGUUGAGUUUUAUGCACCAUGGUGUGGACACUGCAAGGCCUUGGCCCCUGAAUAUUCCAAAGCAGCUGGAAUGCUAAAAGCUGAAGGCUCAGACAUCAGACUAGCUAAGGUAGAUGCCACAGAAGAAUCGGAACUUGCUCAGGAGUUUGGUGUUCGUGGGUAUCCCACCAUCAAGUUCUUUAAGGGAGGAGAGAAAGAGAACCCUAAGGAAUAUUCUGCUGGUCGACAGGCUGAAGACAUCGUCAGCUGGCUGAAAAAACGAACUGGACCCGCAGCCACAACUUUAAGUGAUGUGAUGCAAGCAGAGUCAAUGAUUGCUGAUAACGAGGUUGCAGUAAUCGGAUUUUUUAAGGGUGUUGAAUCAGAAGAUGCUAAGUCCUUCAUUAAAACCGCAGAGGCUGUGGAUGACAUCCCCUUUGGAAUCACUUCUGAUGAUGCCGUCUUUACGAAGUUUGAAGUUGCCAAGGAUAGUGUUGUGCUUUUUAAGAAGUUUGAUGAAGGUCGAAAUACUUUCGAUGGAGAGGUCAGCAAAGAAAGUUUAUUGAACUUCAUCAAGGCCAACCAGCUUCCCCUGGUCAUUGAGUUCACAGAGCAGACUGCUCCCAAAAUCUUUGGAGGUGACAUAAAGUCCCAUAUCCUAAUGUUUGUGCCUAAAACAGCCAAAGACUUUCAGGAUAAGAUGGAACAAUUUAAGAAGGCAGCAGAAGGUUUUAAAGGCAAAAUUCUCUUCAUCUUCAUUGACAGUGAUGUGGAUGAUAAUCAGAGAAUUCUAGAGUUCUUUGGCCUUAAGAAGGAAGAGUGCCCGGUCAUCCGCCUUAUCACCCUUGAGGAAGAAAUGACCAAAUACAAACCAGAAUCUUCUGAAAUAACAGCAGAGAACAUAAUCAGCUUCUGCACAGCCUUCGUAGAAGGGACACUAAAGCCUCAUUUGAUGAGUCAGGACAUUCCUGAAGACUGGGAUAAAAAUCCUGUCAAGGUCUUGGUUGGGAAAAACUUUGAAGAGAUUGCCUUUAAUCCUGCUAAUAAUGUCUUUGUAGAGUUUUAUGCCCCAUGGUGUGGUCAUUGUAAGCAACUAGCCCCUAUCUGGGAUCAGUUAGGUGAGAAAUUUAAAGACAAUGCAAAUAUUGUUGUUGCCAAGAUGGAUUCCACAGCUAACGAAAUUGAAGUUGUCAAAGUGCAUAGCUUCCCCACACUCAAAUUCUUCCCUGCUGGUGAUGAACGUAAGGUAAUUGACUACAAUGGUGAGAGAACACUAGAUGGAUUCACAAAAUUUUUGGAGAGUGGAGGAAAAGAAGGUGGGGCACCAGUUGGAGAUGAAGAGGAGGAGGAAUCAGAUGAUUUGGAUCUUGAUGAUGCAGAGGAAGAUGAUUCAGAUGUGGAAGAGGGACAUGAUGAGUUGUAAGAACCAGGGGUAAAAGACAAAACCCCUUGACCACCACAUCUUUCUACCUGCCUGCCUGUGAACACUGAUGCUUUUCCUUACUAAUCCUACAGCCAAUAUGCAUUACAGGGUCUUAUGUCAGCCAGUACAUUGCCACCUUAAUCAAGUCCAGAAGUACCUAUCUGCCCACAACAACUUUGUCUGUCUGUUUUAUUUUACGUUUUUAUUUGGCAUUUAAAUCUUUUUUUUUUUUUUACUGCCUUUUUAUACUGGCCUGUAUAUGAUCUGAGGGUUCACUUAAGAUUUUGCCAUUUAAUUCUGGUAAAACUCUCUCUGGGAAUUCAGUUAUUUUUCUUUGUUUUAUAUGAAUGUUGAACGUUUUAGGGCAGACGGGCUAUCUAUCGAUCGUCAUGGGGUGGAAAUGAACCUAUUAUACUGGGCUGCUACUGUAGUGCUAACAACUUGGCCAAGACCAAAUUGAGGUACCUUCCCUGUUUAUAUGCUGUCAGUGCAUUCAAAAUCAUGAACACCUGCUACUGAAUUGGUUAAGACCUAAAAGUGAAGAAUUUAUUUUUUUAAUUUCUUUUUUUUUUUUUUUUUUUUUUUUUUAAAUCUAGCUUGGUAAAGGGCCUGUAAUUUUAUAUUAUUGUUAAUAUUUUUUUUUAUUAUUAUUAUUUUUUUAAGCCAGGGAGAUGAUUUGAGACCACCCUCUUGCACAUGAUUCGGUGCCAUCAGAGAUUGCAUAUGAGUUACUGUUAUGGUUAAAAUCUGUCAUCUUGCAAAAACCAACUCGUUUCCCAUACCCCUCUUGCCUUCCGUUACUCUAAAGUUUCCUUCCACCUGUCGGUAUCAUGAUGGUUGAUUCUGCCCUAGUGGUCGCUGUGACUGGAAGGAGAAAAUGGCAUAGUAACUCUUAAUCUGUCUUUUCCCCUUAUGCACUUGUGCGAGUGCAUGUGUGUGAUAGAUGGAGAGAGAGAUUUGUUAACUCUUAUGUUAUCUGUCUUUUAUUUUUCUAGGAAGGGUGAAUUUCAGGGGUGAUGUUUGAGAUUUACGGAAGUAGGUUUGGGAAUGUAAAUUGGGUGGGAUUUGGGUUUUGAAAUGAGCCAACAUAUUUGAGAAAGCAUUCCAUUGUUUAAAUUGACACUUAACUGAUGGCCAAAUAAAUGACAAAAUGAUGA